CUGUCCUUGAACUUGACCUACCAUCAUGCCACUGUCUCUGCUCUCUUUGCCCCCGGAAAUCCUUAUUCAGUGCAUGGCCAGCUUGGACUACUUGUCUCUGCUCCAAUGCACGAAGGUCUGUAGAACAUUCAAGAACGUCGUCGAUGGCUCUCUUGCCCUUCAGUACACGAUUGAGCUCGCCCUUGACGGCAUGGAGGAUGGAAAUAGCUCCCACCUUCUAAACGCCGAACGGCUGGGACGUCUUCGUGACCUGCGACGCGCCUGGGCAAAUCUGGAUUGGAAGGAAUUUACAAGUAUUCCGUUUAGCGGGGAAUGCAGUGCCUAUGAGCUCGUCGCCGGCGUAUUCGUCAAGAUGUUUUUGGGAAGAGAUUUCUCCUUGACGCGGCUUCCUUCGUCGACGCGACCUACUGUGGAUCAGGUGCAGCUUCCGGACCAAGACAUGCUAGUGAAGGAUUUUGCUAUGGAUCCAAGUCAGGACUUGCUCGCCAUGCUUGUGGAUGAUGCGUCACCGCCUUCGUACACAACGAACCGCAUUCUCACGAUGCAUUUGCGGUCCCUUUCUACACUUCGUGAUCACCCCGAGGCGGAGAUACCACAAAUAAACAUCUAUAUUCAGCCAGGCGAAAUGUGGGCCAACCUUGUGGGCGUUUGUACUAUUCAAGUGGCACAGGAUUCUCUAGCUCUCUUCAUUCGCCAACCCGUCAAAGAGUCGCAUUUGUAUAUCGGGAACUGGAAGACGGGGCAGCUUCUAAUCAACCACGAUGACCACUGUGGGCUGCCGAAGGGCGUGUACCAUUUCGGCUUCGUGACCAGGGACACGUACAUUCUGACAACAACCUGUGCUCCUGGUUAUAUCUAUCUAGUGCAGAUGUCGGAGGAAAUUCAAUACAGGACCAUCGUUGUGCUUUGUCUGCCGGAAAUCGUAGACAAUGUUCAGGUCGAGGCGGUCAUCACACAUUCCGGAGCAAUUACCGCUUCCGCUACAGACAGCGAACAGUUCAUUGCUACCCCAGAGCGGCGGAUACAUACGUUCACCGUGAUGUACGGGUUCCUGGAUCCUACUCGGGACGCAGUGACAUAUACAUUGUUCGUCCCGAAUCAAACAUUCUUGCACUAUAUCUCGGAUUACGAAGAUAGGAAAAAGAGCCUUUUGAGUUAUGUUAUAUGGGACAAUUGGGGCCCUGGCCACACGCGCAUGUUGUCGAAUGAAGGCUCUUUCAACUGGAUGCGAUACGCCUACGGAGAGAAGGUUGUCUGCCCCGCUAUUCCGGGGAGGAACAUAGUACAGGUGCUAGAUUUUAACAUUCAUCCAUCCCGCCCUCGUCCACGAACCUUGUUCCCUUUUUCACGAGGGCGUGUUGUUACCGGCCCGACUACAUUGGAUCGGAUGCAUAUAUUUAAAGAAAAAGUACGGACCAAUCUACCAUGGGAGAAGGAGUAUUCGGGAUUUAUGAUCGACGAGCAGAGGAUCAUUGCUUUGAAGAUGCUUGGAGAUGUUGAUGAGAGUACUGAGCUCGAAUCUGUUGACGUAUACUCUUUCUGAUUCGGAGGUCAAUGUUUUCUACGGAUAAAACAUGUCAUCUGUCGAAGAAUAUAAGGAACAAUGACUUUUGAUUCAUAAUUUCUCCUGGUGCAAAGCUCUGCUCGCUGACUCGAGAUGCGCUCAUGAUUAUGCAAUCUGCGAGCAG